UGUUUACCUAAGUUCUAGAUCGUAAUAUAUGCAGAUGCUGCAGAUUUGCGUGCACGUGUGCCAGGUUCAAACUUAUGAGCCAACAUACUGUGCCAUAAAACACCCCUUUGAGCAAAUAAAGACCCGAGUCUCCUGAAACGUCAGUCACAGUGGAGUCUCGAUCUCAUGCGCAGGGGGUUUCGCAACCGAUCUUCGGUGACCGGUAUAGUACCGGUGACAAGCCAUGGUGUAAAGUUUGAUGGUCUUAGACUUCUUAGACAUUGAAUACCACUGGCCAAGGGACGUGCACAUCACUCCAAACGAACUCAGUAGCUAGCACAUCGCUUGGACGGGUUUACGUGGGACACCGUGAAUUAACAGACUCCAAUGGUGUGAUCAAAAGAAAAAACAGGGGAGGUUUUGUCUUUCUAAACUGCCGUGGAUCAGUUUUACAAACUUGUGCGAUCUCGUUCCUUUUAAUGAUUCAAGAUCUUCGUGCGCUUCCCAACAUAAAAGAAAUUGGUUUGUGUGUCUUCGUCCGUCGUCGGACAACGAAACAUCAUCAGCAGAAGUGCUCAAACUUGGCUAACUUCACUGGAUGAAACUGUCCUCUGGUCCUUGAAAACAAAAUGGCCAGCAGGUCAUCAGCAUCGGUAAGAACUGCGCGGGGCGUGUUCUUGGCCCUAUGUUUGUGGGCCGUGUUGCUCUCGUGCCCGGCCGAGGCGGCGAGGAACAAGCGGCAGGCUGCCAACGCGGACGAUCAGCCAAAGAUGAUGACGCAACAAGGACAUUUGAUUUUCCAGACGGGAGAUAAUCACAACAUCACCUUUCAACCGGUAGGCAGCGGCCGCGUGGUCGUUGGCAAUCAUGAUCUCUUGGCCAUGGCCGACAAGGUAACGGCAAAUGAAAAUGCCAUCAAAGUCCUGCAGGACUCUGGAGUACCAGAUGAUGUUCAGCAGCAGUUGGAUACCAUCAAGGCUGAUGUUACAGAUCUUCAGACAAGGGUUACGGCACUGGAGGGCACAGGCACAGGCAGUCUGGAGACUAGGGUUUCUACUUUGGAAAGCCAGGUCUCGAUGUUGACAAGUAAUUUGGGUACCGAUGAAUGUCAGAACAACCCGUGUACACACGGCGGUACCUGCAUCAAUUUAUACCAGGGGUACCAGUGUCGCUGUGUACCAGGAUGGCAGGGAGACAGAUGUGAAACUGAUGUCAACGAGUGCGGACUCAUUUCAGGAACCGAGGAAGAUUGUCAGAACUCAGGAACCUGUGUGAACAAUGAUGGCAGCUUCAGGUGUAACUGUCCUGCUAACUGGUACGGUCCUCAGUGUACCAUCAGGUACGAUGACUGCAGCACGGCAUCUCACACUGAUCUCUGCGGCCAUGGCUUCUGUGUGGAUGACCCGAGGGUUGUCGUUGGACAGCCCAAGUAUUCCUGUGUUUGCAUGGACGGUUGGAAGACUGAUGGGACUAGCAACCCGGCCUGCGUUGUGGAUAUUGAUGAAUGCACUGAGGGGCAGUAUCCAUGCUCCAGCAAUCCCCUGGUACCGUGUAUCAAUGUGCCUGGUACCUACUACUGCGGGACCUGCCCAACAGGUUACACCGGCAACGGGCUCACUUGUAGUGACAUCAACGAAUGCUUGACCAAUAACGGCGGCUGCUCUGUGUCUCCGUUGGUGCAGUGUACCAAUACGGUGGGAUCCAGGCAGUGUGGGCCAUGCCCAGCAGGUUAUGUUGGCGAUGGUGUAACAUGUCUUUUUGUGGGUAUCUGUGUCCAGAACAACGGAGGUUGUUCGCCGUUUGCCACCUGUACUGAAAACUCAGGGGUACCCAGUGGUCGUAUCUGCACCUGCAACGCUGGCUACACGGGUGACGGGGAGGGUACCAACGGUUGCAUACCCUCCACGGGAGCGACGUGCCAAGACAACCCCUGCAUCAACGGUCGUUGCGAGACGUUGGGCAGCUCCUUUAGAUGUGUCUGCAACCCCGGCUGGACGGGCAACCGCUGCGGCCAGGAUAUUGACGAGUGCGCCAGUGGGCCGUGCGCCAAUGGCGGCACUUGUAACAACCUCAUUAAUGGAUUUGACUGUGAUUGUGCCGAUGGCUUCAGCGGUGAUCAGUGCCAGGACACCCAGCAGUCAUGUGGUGCGUAUCUGACUGGAAAUUCUGGUUACUUUGAGUUCCCUCCACUGGGCCAGGUCUACGACCACGGUCUGAGCUGUGCCUGGAUCAUCACUGUGCAAGACGACAAGGUGAUUUACAUUACCUUUGCCCGCUUCGCUCUGGAGGACCAUCCGAACUGUGACUACGACUUCCUGCAGAUCAACGAUGGUUCAUCAGCCGUCGCGCAGCCGCUGGGCCGCUUUUGUGGCAGCACUGUACCGUCCCCCAUGACCAGUACCCACAACCAGCUCUACUUCUGGUUCCGUACUGACGGCAGCGUCAGCUACGAGGGCUUCGGAAUCAACUGGUUCAGCCAAGACCCAGUCUGUGGCGGCGAUUUGUCUGGCAGUAACCAUGGCAGCAUCACUUCUCCCGGUUACCCUGGCAACUACCCUGUCAACAGAGACUGUGUCUGGACCGUGACGGUGGACGCAGGCCUGUACAUGACCUUUGCUUUCGGUACCUUACAGCUGGAGGACCAUGACACCUGUGCCUAUGACUACCUUGAGAUCCGUGAUGGUCUGACGGAGAGUGCGGUUUCCCUUGGCAAGUUCUGCAGCACGGUCACCCCGGCUCCCGUACAGACCACAGGACCAUACGCCUUCCUGCGUUUCCAUAGUGACGCGUCACUUACGGACACCGGAUUCCACGUGACCUACUCGUCAUCAUCCAUUGCUCCACAAUGCGGAGGGGCAUUGACUGCCGACAGUGCUAUCAUCAUAUCCCCCAACUACCCCAACCCAUACCCCCACAACAUCGAGUGCAUCUGGACUAUACAGAUUGGCGCCAGCGGCAGAAUCAAGUUUACCAUCACCGAUUUAACGAUUGAGGAACAAGCCAACUGCCUCUAUGACUUUGUUGAGCUGAGGGAUGGUUUUGAUGAGACCGCUGCGUUUGUGGGCCGCUACUGCCACUCGGAUGCCAUACCGCCCCCGUUUGUCUCCACGGCCAACACGCUGUGGGUCAAGUUCAUGUCGGAUGUGUCUGUCAGCGCCGGUGGCUUCCGGGCCAUCUAUGAAUUGAAUUGUGGCGGCGUGUACUCCGAUCCAUCUCAGGAUCUGAUCUCCCCCUACUUCCCCAACAGUUACCCCCAUGACCAGGCCUGUGAGUACGUCAUCAAUGCCCCUCAGGGUCAGGUCGUCGUCUUGACCUUUGUGACCUUUGACAUCGAGGCCCAUCCCAACUGUGAUUAUGAUUACCUGGAGGUCCGCGAUGGUGCAUCUGCGGAUGCCACCCUCCUCAACAAGCUGUGUGGCACCGCCUUGCCGCCAGACAUCACAUCCAACGCCAACUCCAUGUACCUCAAGUUUGUGACAGAUGGAUCCGUUGCCAACUAUGGAUUCCGCGCUGUCUUCAGAUUUGAAGACGCUGGGCCAGGUAGUUGUGGAGGUCAGUUCACAGACGACACCGGUAUCAUCGCCUCGCCUCCCCACCCCCAGGGCUACCCCCACGGUCUCAACUGUGUCUACGUCAUCACCGUGUCUGACGGCUACGUCAUCCGACUCACCUUCAACUCGUUCAGCAUCGAGGAUGCAACAAACUGCGUCUAUGACUAUGUGCAGAUCUACGACAACGCAACCAAUGCUAUCUCUCCGGACCUGGGAAGGUACUGCGGCAGCAACUCCCCUCCCGUCCUGACCACCUCAGGUAACGUCAUGACGGUCAUCUUCCACACCGACUCCAGCGUCAGCCGAGAGGGUUUCAGUGCCAGCUACGUGGCUCUGGAUGCCACCACUGUUUGUGGAGGCGAGUUGACCACGCCUACUGGUGUCAUAACCACACCCAACUACCCUGCCGACUACCCUCACAAUCGCCAAUGCGUCUGGAUCAUCUCCGUAGCAACGGGUCAGCAGAUCAGCGUCAAUUUCACUGACUUUGACAUGGAACUGCACUUCGACUGUGCCUACGACUAUGUCGAAUUGAGGAAUGGAGGCUAUGAGACGUCGCCUCUGAUUGGUACAUUUUGUGGCAGUAGCAUCAACCCGACCACUUACACCUCCCAUAGCAACAAGAUGUUAAUCAAAUUUGAGUCGGACUCCUCCCUGUCUGCCCGGGGAUUUUCGCUGUCAUACGAUGGAACGGCCACAGGAUGCGGCGGCACGCUGACUACCCCAACUGGGGGUUUCGUCUCUCCCAACUACCCCUUCCCUUACGGCCACAAUGCCGAGUGCUUCUGGCUGAUCACCACCAACCAGGGUAGCAACCUUUAUCUGACGUUUGCUGACUUUGAUCUGGAGACUCACGGAUCAUGCGCCUACGACUAUGUCAAGGUUUAUGAUGGCCUGACCGAGAAUGAGCCACUCCUAGGGACGUACUGUGGUACAGACUUCCCACCGCCCAUACAGUCGACCGGAAAUAGCCUGAGAGUGAAAUUCAGGACAGACUUCUCGGUUAGUGGAUCUGGCUUCCACGCGGCGUAUCAGACCAACUGCGACCACGUCCGUCUGACAGACCGCACGGGGGUCAUCGAGAGUCCCAACUUCCCGGACCCGUACCCCCACAACCGAGACUGCACCUGGAUUAUCGAGACCACGGAAGGAAACACCGUCAAUCUGACCUUCACCACUCUGGUGCUUGAGUUCCACUCCACCUGUACCUUUGAUUACAUUGAGGUCCGUGACGGUCAAGAUGACGACUCGCCGCUGAUCGGCAACCAGCUCUGCGGUCAGGACUUCCAGCCGGAGGGCGUGUUCUUCACCAGCACUGGCCAAUACCUGCUGGUCAAGUUCCACUCCGACUCCUCGGUGGCCGCGGCUGGCUUCCAGGCUUCAUACACCAUCAACGGCUGCGGCGGCGUCUUGACAGAAAACACCGGCACCUUGAGCAGUCCAAACUACCCCAACCACUACGAUCACAACCGGGUCUGCACCUGGACCAUCACCGUGGAGUAUGGCCAUGCCAUCACCCUGACCAUCACAGACUUUGACGUCGAGGACAGCACCGACUGCAACUUCGACGCUCUUGAGGUUUAUUCAGGCACUGAUGCCAAUGGUCUGAAGCUGGCUACGAUCUGCCACACUCAGACCACCCCACAAGCCGUCUCCACUACGGGCAGGAACAUGUUUGUACAUUUCCGCACCGAUGCCAGCGUUAAUGGGCGGGGAUUCACUGCAAACUAUCAAUCAACUGCUGGAGGAUGCGGCGGUAACUUCUCAACUCCGACCGGAGACUUCCACUCCCACAACUAUCCCAACUACUACGACCACUCCACGGACUGCACCUGGCUGAUCACUGUGGCCGAGGAGCAUCGCGUCAAGUUGACCUUCUUGGAUUUCAACCUUGAGGGAGCAUCUGCCUGCCAGUAUGACUACGUCAAGCUCUUUGACGGUCCAUCCCAAACCUACCCCCUCCUUCUGACUGCUUGUGGUGACGGCCUGCCGGACCCAGCCACCACCUACUCCUCAAGCAACAAGAUGUUCAUCCGCAUGUUGGCUGACGGGAGCGUCAACAGACGCGGCUUCCAUGCUACAUAUGAGACAGCAUGUGGUGGUCGCUUGGAUGCAACCCAGACUGGUGUUGUUAAGUCAAGCAAUUACCCAGAUGCCUAUCCAGCCAAUCAAAAUUGCUCUUGGAUCAUUGCAUCAGCCAAUCCCGGAGAUCGUGUCACCCUGACCUUUACCCACAUGGACAUCGAGACGUCUGCCAGUGGCUGUGAGCACGACGCGCUUACCGUAUACGAGGGUAAUGACGAGAACGGACUGUUGAUCAGCGAGCUGUGUGGGACGACCGUGCCGACACCCAUCACGUCGUUCGGCGCCGCGCUGACUGUGACAUUCGUGACCGACAGCUCUGUUCAGAUGACUGGUUUCCGAUUCACGUAUUCCACAUCGCUGUCUGUUUGUGGUGGUGAUUUUACCUCGCAGAGUGGUGCCUUCUCCAGCCCUGGCUAUCCAGCUAGCUACCCAGCAGACACGGAGUGUGUCUGGACCAUCCGUGCAUCACCUGGCAAUCAGGUCCAGGUUUCCUUCAGCAUGUUCAACCUGGAGAAUAUCUGCACCAAUGACUACCUAGAGGUCAGGACUGGGGAUGAGAACGGAGCUUUGAUUGGUCGAUUCUGUGGCACUCGGCGACCUAGCAACCUGACUGCUACAGGUUCCAUGUGGCUUAAAUUCCACUCUGAUAACAGCGGGACUGGUGUAGGGUUCCUGGCUAGCUUCGGACAAGUGUUUGGUGGCACCCUGAUCGCACCAUCCGGCCAGAUCGCCUCGCCCCUGUACCCCAGCAACUACCCCAACAACCUAGACGCCGUCUGGAACAUCUAUGUCAACAAUGGUCAGCGGGUCCGCAUCAUGUUUUCCAACUUCAACGUGGAGAUCGGAGGAGCCAGCGUCUGUAGCUACGAUGCCUUGGAGGUUUAUGACGGACCAGACACCCAAUCCUCACUCAUCCAGACCUCCUGUGGCGCCUCCUUGCCAAGUCCUGUGGAGACUACCGGCAGCGUGGCUACUCUCAGGUUCCGCACCGACAGCUCGGUAGCCCUCACUGGCUGGCUCCUUGAUUGGGUCUCGGUGACGGGCGUGUUAACGGGUGUUCCGCCGACCCUACCACCCAACCAAUGCGGUGGUGUUCUGGCUGCCGUAGACACAGCACAGAUGUUUUCCUCUCCUAACUAUCCCAACGGCUACGCGCCCAACCUGGACUGCUAUUGGCUGAUUGAGGCCAACCCGGGCCGGACGGUCCGACUCGACUUCACCGACUUAAAUCUAGAGGCUCACUCCACCUGUAGCUACGACUACAUCCAGUUGUACGACGGUUCAGUUCAAGACCCCUCCACCAGCCUUGUCAAAUACUGCAGUCGUCAGGACCCCCUACCAGACCCAGUCUACUCCACGGCCAACACCAUGUUCGCUGUCUUCCACUCAGACGUCUCGAUCAAUGGCACUGGCUUCCAAGCAACCUACCAGUCCAAUUGCGGUGGUACCAUCAUCUCUGAGCUUGGCACCAUCACCAGCCCACUGUACCCUUCCAACUACCCCAACGACCAAGACUGCUCCUGGGUGGUUCAGGCCUCCGCUGGCUCCACUAUUCAAGUCACGUUCCAGACCAGUUUCAACAUCGCCAGCAGCAGCAACUGUAACAAUGAUUACGUCCAGCUCUUUAACGGUGGUGAGGAGACAUCCCCUCCCCUGGGGAGCUCAGCCACGGGUCGUUACUGCGGCACCACAGCCCCAGCUCAGGUGGAGACCAGCAGCAACUUGCUGCGAGUCAAGUUCCACAGCGAUGCUUCUGGCGUAGCGAGCGGCUUCAGUCUGACAUUCCAGGCACAGCAACAAGGGUGUGGUGGAAGCAUCGUCCUAACUGACGCCGUGCCGAGCACCAACAUCAUGUCGCCCAACUAUCCCUCGGACUACCCACAGAGCAUCGAGUGCAUCUGGAUCGUCACGGCUCCGGCCGGUCAGUCCAUCCUCAUGACCUUUGACCAGCAGUUCAGCAUUGAGCCACACUCAAGCUGUAACUAUGACUACCUGGAGGUCAUUGACGGAUCAUCUCAAGCAGGCAAUCCGUUCGGUCGAUUCUGCGGCACCACUGCCCCGUCACCGAUAACCACAACAGGCAACGCAGCCUACCUGCGGUUCCGCACUGACUCCAGCGUGGCGCGGACCGGCUUCAAGCUGUCUGCUGCGAUAGCGUCUUGCGGAGGCACCGUCUCCGGCACCAGCGGUGUGGUCACCUCGCCGGGAUACCCCGGUAGCUAUAGCAACAACCUGGAUUGCACCUGGACAGUACAGGCCCCUGAUGGUCAUUACAUGACCUUCACAUUUGACACCAACUUCAACAUUGACAACAAUGCUGCUGACUGCUCCGGUACUGGUGACGUACUGGUAGUUAACGAUGGCAGGAACUCAUCGGCAUUUGAGAUUGCCAGGGUGUGUGGAAACGUGCCCCCACCAAACUUCGACACGUCCAGCAACUAUGCCUUGGUCCACUUCAUGACAGACGGCUCCACAGUGGCUACUGGCUUCAGUUUGAGUUUCCAAUCUAGCUCAGAUGUUUGCGGUGGUGACUUUGCGACUGCGACCGGUACCUUCACCUCCCCUGCGUAUCCCAAUCAGUACUCGCACUCCCGGGUCUGCCAGUGGCGAAUCAGCGUCGCUGUCGGGCAAGUUGUGACGCUGUCCUUUGACGACUUUGAGUUGGAGGGCAGUGGCACGUACUGCCCCUAUGACUACGUUGAGGUGUUCAAUGGUUUGGGGAAUGACGCCCCCAGUCUGGGUCGCUUCUGUGGCAACACUCCCCCUCAGGGCUUGGUCUCCACCACCAACACCAUGCGCGUGGUGUUCUUCUCUGAUGGCAGCGUGGCGUUCAGAGGCUUCUCGGCGCGGUAUGACUCUCAGGAUCCAGCCGUCUGCGGAGCCCUCAUCAACGUCAACCCUGGCAGCACUGGCACGUUCUCCAGUAUCGGAUACGGUGCCCUCAACUACACCAACAACCUGAACUGCCAGUGGCUGCUAGCCAAUCAGGCCACGGUCAACACCUCCCUCUAUAUGAGCUUUGACGCGGGUUUCGACAUCGAGGCCGGCCCAAACUGCGUCUACGACGCUGUGGAAAUCUACGCAGGAGUUGACACCAACUCGCCGUUGGUCGGCAGAUUCUGUGGACCGACGCCGCCCGACCCUGUCGUCAUUCCGCAACCCUCCGCCUUUGUGCGUUUCACUACAGACGGCAGCGAGAUUGGAGGAGGAUUCAGAAUCUCCUACUCGGCAUCUGAGUGCGGAGGCAUCGUUAGUGGAACCGACGGCGUCAUCACCAGUCCUAACUUCCCUGAUCAGUACGAUCACAACGAUCACUGCGCUUGGCUCAUACAGGCCCCUGCUGGCACCACUGUCACACUGACCUUCACCGCAUUCGACAUUGAGGAUCACCCUGAGUGCCAGUACGACUACCUCUCUGUGCGCAACGGGGGUACGUUUGAAGCCCCUCAGAUCUCUGGGGAGAACCCGUGGUGUGGUAGCACUGCCCCUGCCGCUAUCACCACAUCAAGCAAUGAGGUACUGAUGCUCUUCAUGACCGACAGUAGCGCUUCGGCCGGUGGGUUCCGAUUGGAAUGGACCACGGCUAACCGAGGCUGUGGUGGAACCUUCCACGGAAACACUGGCUCCUUCCAGACCACCAACUACCCCGCUGCCUACGUAGCCAACGAGGAAUGCGUCUGGGUUCUGAUGGUGGAAACCGGCUACAAUGUCCAAGUCACAUUCAACAGCUUCAACGUGCCAUCAGGCGAUUCAGUCACGGUUUACGACGGAGCUAGCGACACGGACACUGUCUUGGGAACUUACUCAGGGACCACCGUGCCAGGACCCGUCAGCUCCUCUCUAGGUGUCAUCACCAUCAAGUUCCGUAGCGACGGCAGCAAUCAAGGCACAGGCUUCCAGGCAAACUGGAAUGUGGGUUGCGGAGCCACGUUCACCGGCGUGACCAGCGGUCGCAUUGUGUCGCCGGGAUACCCCAGCCGGAACUAUCCCGACGGCCUCACCUGUGACUACGUCAUCAACUGGGACCCGCAACAGAGCCUGGGACUGAUGUUCAGUGAUCCAUUCGCAAUCGAAGUUGGCUCCAACUGCAACUUCGACAGUCUGAAGAUCUGGGCAGGCACCGACGAUACCGGGGCCGUGAUCGGCAACUUCUGCGGUGACCAGGUACCCACCAACAUCCUGUGGAUGGGGUCCGUGUUUGUCAGGUUCCAGACAGACGGCAGCAUCAACGACGUGGGCUACGGGCUGGACUUUGAGCCAGGAUGUGGAGGAACAUUCACCGGUUCUGCAGGUGUCGUCCAGACUCCCCAGCACCUUGAUACCUACCGUCACAACCAGAACUGUAGCUGGGUGAUCACUGUCGCCAACCAGCGAUCCGUCUCGCUCAAGUUUUCCUCCAUGGACAUUGAGCUUCACCCAUCCUGCGUCUAUGACUACAUUGAGAUCUACGACGGCCUGGAUGACUCGGCGCCGUUGCUUGUAGCUCGUCUCUGCGGUACGGUCCCGCCGCCCGACGCCAUCGUCAGCUCGGGUAGCUCCAUGCUGGUGCGCUUUGUCUCUGACUUCUCCGUGGCUGGAGACGGUUUCACGGCUGCGUAUCAGGAGAUUAUCGGACCGGCUCUGGGCUGCGGAGGCAACUUCAAUUCCCCGACAGGAACCCUCGCCAGUGUCUCCCUCACCGGCGGCAACUACGAAAACAACCUGGAUUGCAUCUGGUACGUCUCCGUGGAAACCAACAUGGUGAUCAAUGUCACAUUCACGGGAUCCUAUAGCAUCGAGGGCAAUCGGCAGGGGAGCUGUCCCUAUGAUUAUCUGGAGAUUCGUGAUGGUUAUGGCAGCUCGGCCCCCCUGGUGGACCUCUUCUGUGGCACUGCCCGGCCGUCCUCCAUCAUCCUCUCCACCAAUCAAGCUUUCUUCCGCUUCCACACCGAUUCCUCUAUUAGCUACUCCGGCUUCACUCUGGAGUACUCCUCAGUGGAUCCCGUCUGUGGUGGUAGCUUCAACGCCACCACCACCCCACAGACCAUCACCUCACCCAACUACCCCGGCAACUACCCACACAAUACCCGCUGUACCUGGUACAUCGGUGCCCCAGAGGUCACCCACGAUCACGUCCGGAUCAGGGUCAACGACUUCCAGGUGGAGGACCACAGCAACUGUUUGUACGACUACUUGGAGUUCCGAGACUUCCCCAUAACUGAUGGUCAAGUGCUCAGGUAUUGUGGGCUGGACAUCCCUCCAGUGUUUGAUUCUGCCGGUACGACGGCCCAGAUCUACUUCAUGAGUGACUCAUCGUCUAGUGGGUCUGGCUUCUCACUCACCUAUGCCAUUGCUGAUUGCAACAAGAACUACACAGGGACCAACGGUCGGGUGACCAGCCCGGGCUAUCCCCAGGUCUACCACACCUCUUACAACUGCGACAUCACGAUAACGGCGCCAGUGGGCAGUUUCCUGACCCUGUACUUCACCGAAAUGGACAUCGAGUACCAUUCCAAUUGCCAGUACGACAGCCUGACGGUCUAUAAUGGAUCGGCUAGUGGAGCAGUGUUGUACACCCUCUGCGGUAACUUCAUACCGGAGCCAGUAUUCCUCCCGGCAAAUACUGUGUACCUCAACUUCGUCACAGACUCCUCGGUUAACAACGCAGGCUUUGACCUGACCUAUACCUCAAGCAUUGUGUCAUCGGGUUGCGGAGGGCCCGUGGGCGGACGCCAAGGCAGCUUCACCAGCCCGGCGCAUCCGUUCGAGUACGACAACAAUCUGGACUGCGGCUGGUCCAUCCAGGUACCCAGCGGCGGGAACCAGCUGACUCUGGAGAUCACGGCGCUGGGAAUCGAAGGUGCGGAAGGAGUCUGUAACGAGGACUACCUGGAGAUUUACGACGGACCCAGUAGCUCAUCCAGCCUCUUUGGACGAUACUGUGGAACGAGACAACCAGCGGUGAUAACGGCCUCCACUCGCCAGAUGUUUGUGCGGUUUGUGACGGACGCCCAGAAUGCGCCCAACAACGGCACGUUCAAUGGUUUCCGAGCCGUGUACAACAGUUGAGCUUUCACUCGCAAAGAUGUAACGAGACAAACAAAAUGAUUCGAACAAGAAAACGACAACUUAUGAACGGAAUUCAAAUCUACCCAGAUUAUUGGACUUGUAGUUCAUGCAUAACCAGGCAGUGUACACAGCAUAUCUCUUUGAAGGACCCACCUACACGUCAACAAUUCCAGAGUCCAGCCAGGGCUCUGAAUGGAUUGAAAGAUGAGAAUUUGAUAUAAAUAUUAUAUAAGCAGAAUGAUUUAUCCAGAGAAUAAGUGAGUUUUUUGUUUUUAUACACGCUCUCAUUAUUAUUAUUUUUUGGGUGAUUUGUGUGAUUUAACAAUUGUGUAAUCAUUGUGAAAAGGCUGAAUAUUAUACUUUCUUCUUCUAUUUUUUGUAACAAUCAAUAGAAUAACGAUGUCACACUUAAGUGAGAUGCAAGUUUGCUCCAUACAAGUUUAACUCUUAUUCAAGGAGUUUUGGUGAUGUGGGUGUUUUCUUGAAAAAAAUCCCGGAAAAAUUGCAGAAAUAAAUUUCCCAGUUUUGUUUUGCCUGAUUGAAACUCUUAGCAGGACUAUUAAUGGUACGAAGUGCUCGCAUUCUGCUAAUCAAGAGGCAAUCAGUUACGACACAUUUCAUGAAAGUUUGAUAGUGCAAAAGUGCGUGACUUGCGCAACAAAUUAUGGCGAAACUUGCGAAAUCAUUUCAGGUGGCAUAGGAAUUGUGGCUGUGCAUAGCGACAACAAACACAAACAAAAACAGCCGAGAGCUGAUAACAUAUAAUAUGAUGUUCAGACUUGACCCACUGAAAAUCACACUCAGCAAAGGGACUUGCAAUUGUCACUAGUACUAUGCCUCAUUUGAGCGUGACGGCUCGGUGUGAUAUCACAUAUCAAAUGUUUGUAAAUAACAUUCCAAAUUUAUCUCUUUAUUAUUUUUCUUUCUAGUAGAAUCGUUUAAUUUGAGUUUAAACUUAAAUCCCCCUACUCCAUUUUUUUGAGACGAAUCCAGUUUUUUUCCUUGGUUAGGAAUUUUAUUCCGGUUAGGCACAGUACUGUUCACUGAAAAAGUCUGGAUUUCUAUCUUCGUUGUAAAAAUGAUGCACCAUUUUAAUGGACCAAAUAGUAAACAUGCCACAAUCUCUGUAUUCUAGAUGUAAUGAAUUUGUAAUAGUACUUUUAGUUCCAGUACUUCAUACCAUGACAAUCAGUGCACAAUUUUACCAAAACUUAACACACCAAAUUUAAUAAAAAAAAAAUACACUGUCAUUAGCCGAUGAUCCAAACAGUGAAAAAAUGUAGCACCAUGACGCCACUUUUUUUCAUCCUAUAUUAUCUCAUUGAAGGUCAGUCAUUGCAAAAAUGUUGUAAAGACAUGAAUCUGGGACUGAGAAACAUUUCCAAUUUUGUUAAAAAAUACUUUGAAAGUUCACUCGACUCUCCAUUGACUCUGUGCACAACCAAAGAAGUGGCGUCUGGAUACUACAUUCUUUCCCAAACAGUUUAUAUUUUACUUAUUCAGUACUUAUUACCAUAACAUUCCCUGUGAAGUAGAAUAUAUAAUGGAUUUUCCUGGUUUUUAUAUUUCUGAAAAAACUUUCCAGCAACGUAAGUCAAAAAAAUCGCCAAAAUGAAAAAUUAAUCCAAAUAAAUUUUAAGGAAUUAUUAGAUCCAAAUAGCAUAAUGUAUAGUUUUGUAGUUGUAGCAGUAGCAGUAAAAUACAAAGAAAGUAUUCAGAAAAUAUUCAUAUCUCAUGCAUAUGCAUAACCUAGAUAAUGAGAUGAAUUGAUGGCACAAUUAUAUCUGAAUGUAAAAUACUCAGAAUUGAAGUGGAUAUUUGAUAAUGUGUUUAAUCAUAUUUGUUUUUCCAAAAAAAAAAAAAAUUAUACUCGGAGCAAAAAGCAUUGACUAUCAGGAAUCAUUUAACAGGAAGGGGCAUUUAUAUUUUAUAUCUUGUAUUUUUUCACCCAAUUUGAUGUAAAAAAAAUUGCUGCAUAUGAUGAAUGUUCUUUUAGAAAUUCUGUUUAUCCUGCUAGCAUCUUUAGCUGACAGAUCGUUUUCUUAUGCAGUUGGGGAAAUUCUUCCAACUUGUUUGUCACAUUAAGGCGAGUGUUCCUGUAAGCAACUGUAGAUUUUACAUAUCACAGGCAUAUCUUGUCAGUUCAAACCAGCCCAACGAUUACAAACUUAUCAUUUUCCCAAAUGUUGGUAGCCCCCGUAGAUGAAAUUUUGUAGACAGAUUUUUGUAUACCUAAAAGACCUCCUUCCAGUUUGUAUAUUUUAAUGCUUUUGAGAUUCACUAUAUUAAAAAAGCUUUCAUCUUUAAGAAGAGAAUGUAUUCAAGAUAUUAACUUACCGUAAUGAAAUCUUGGAGUAAUUUUAUAAGGGAACAAGAUUUCGCAGCUUCAAUAGUACGUUUUGUAGUUUUAUAGUUAGCUUAGUCGUUAAAUUUAUAAAAUGAAAUGCAAACCAAAAGCAAGUGUUACAAUAAUGAAAGGAUGAAAUAGGCUGAACGAUUUAUAUACGAGAUGGGAGAAUGAAGUCUGUUAUGCUGAUAGCGAUUUGAAUGGUUUUGAUCCUGCUUGUUGUGUAAAAUAAUAGCGCCCUCUAACUUUCACUGUGCCUUAGUACUUUUACCUUUAAUCGGAUAUGGAAAGAAAGUAAUAAAAUGAAUCAAAUAUUUUUGUGAUGAAUAUGAA